GAACCAAAACAAAAUACUGUCAGGCCGACGUGUAUGUACUCAAUAUUUCGAGAAAAUCGGCACUUAAAUUCAUAAUGACGAACAAAAAUCCCCGCUUGCGUAAAUUGUUCUUAAAAAACGCACCAAAGGAGUCGAAGCCACAGAAAUCCAAAAGCGAGGAGAAGGAGAAGAUAGAGAAAGUAGCGCCUCCGACAAGUCCUUUACUUGGCACCUACGAAGAAAGGAACAUGGUCCAUUUACAAACAAACACCGCAUUCAAAGUUCUAAUCUCGGCUAGAAUUUGUUCAGCAAUUUGGAGCAAUAUUUCCGAUUGCGAUGAAACCUUUAACUACUGGGAGCCGAUGCACUACAUGAUGUAUGGCAAAGGAAUGCAGACGUGGGAAUACUCUCCAGAGUAUGCUCUUCGCUCCUAUAGCUACAUUCUGUUCCACGUCCUGCCUGCCCUGAUCUAUGAAAAAAUCUUCAACCCAAACAGAAUGCUAGUCUUCUAUUUUGUCCGGUGCUUGUUGGGAUUUUCUUGUGCCCUCCUCGAAACUUAUUUUUACAAGAGUGUAUGCAGGAGGUUUGGAAUUCACAUUGGCCGAUUAACCUUGCUCUUCUUGAUCUUGAGCCCUGGAAUGUUCAUCGCAAGCUCGGCUUUCCUGCCAUCUUCAUUUUCAAUGCUGAUGACCAUAUUAAGCAUGACUGCGUGGUUUGAGAAGCAGUACGCCCUUGCAGUCUUGGCCACGGCUCUUUCUGCCCUGCUCAGUUGGCCUUUUGCAGCUCUCGUUGGUCUACCAAUUGCCUUUGAUUUGAUUGUCAAGAGGAGAGAACUUUUCGAAUUCUGUAAAUACUCCUUGAUUUCUCUAGUCGUCGUCAUGGUGCCAAUUAUGAAAAUCGACACAGAUGCUUAUGGAAAAAUAGUGAUAGCACCUCUGAACAUUGUUUUGUACAACGUAUUUUCAUCAAACCGAGGACCAGACUUGUACGGGACAGAGCCAUGGCAUUUCUACCUUAUCAACGGUUUCCUCAACUUCAACCUUGCUUUCCCUCUAGCCCUGAUAAGCAUUCUGAUCGCAGCUGUCGUUGUCCUCAUAAGUGACAAAAGGGAGAGCUCACAGAAAAUUCAAUAUUUCCUCCAUCUCAGCCCAUUGUACCUUUGGCUGGCUGUUUUUGGAUUACAGCAGCACAAGGAGGAGCGGUUCCUUUUCCCGAUUUACCCGCUUAUUUGCCUGAAUGGUGCAUUCGCCUUGGACGGCAUUCAAAGAACCAUGUUUUUUGCGCUGAAGAAAAUUACCAGAAUGAAAAUGUCCGGAUACCUGCCGCAGACGAAUCUUGUAGCAGUGGGCAUCGCCCUGAUUUUUACUGUGCUGGGACUGUCCAGGAGUUUCGCCCUUUACAAAGGCUACCAUGCCCCUCUUGACAUUUACAUGGAGCUUUCCAAGUUUGGAUCGCAAAACGAAUUUGGUACUUCGCGAGAAAUCAACGUUUGUGUUGGCAAGGAGUGGCACAGAUUUCCUUCAAGUUUUUUCCUUCCGAAUAACAGGUGGAAUCUGCGUUUUAUCGAGUCAGAGUUCAAAGGGCAGCUACCGCAACCAUACCAGCCUGGGCCAGAUGGAACGUCGAUCGUGCCACCCAACUUCAAUGAUGAAAAUAGAGAGGAACGGUCGAGAUAUUUUGAUAUAGCCAAGUGUGAUUUUUUGGUUGACUUGAACACUUCUCGUUUGACAAAAUUAGAGCCGAUUUACGCCGAUGACAAGGCAAAAUGGGAUUUAAUUAUCUCAAUACCGUAUCUUGAUAAUGAAAGAUCUCCGAAACUUCUCCGAGCUUUCUACAUUCCUUAUUUGACGGAAGAAUCGUGCACAUACGCGUCGUACCAGUUGCUCAAAGCAAGAGGGAAACCCCAAUCAAGGCGGAAAGCAAAAACGCGUUAGUUCUUUUCUAGAAAAUUUGGAACGGGAAUCAAAAUAAUUAAAUGUUUCCCGAAAUCGCUGAUAUUUAAACGGUUUUUUUCUUGCUUUUGAUUAUUAUGUUAUUUGACUGAUUUUAAAUUUUUCAAAAAAUAAGAGAUUUAAUAAAUAACAGUAAAUUGAA